GAGAUUUCAAUUGUCGGCUCAUGGAGGAAGAAACACUCCAAAAGCUGUCCAAUAUGUUUAAAUCGUAUUUUCUAUGCUUCAUUUACUAUUUGUAAUAUCUUAUCCUUUAGUCUCAUGGCAUACGUCAAAUAGUAUUAAAACGUACUAAACUCUUCGAGACGACCACCAGCACACCAAGAAGUCAGAAUUACUCUUAGUGAAUAAAAAAAAUCCCAUAAUAAACCUCCCUCUUUAAUGAUGACUAUUUAGAGUACCUAGCUAAGUUUGGGAAGUAUCACUGGAAAAUUUUUACGCCUCUUGAUAUGAGAAGUUCACCUUAAACUUUCUGCAACGCGAACGAGCCGUUUUUGGUUCUUCAAAAUUGAGUAUAUUAAUUUUGAAAUUGUCAAACUCAAUUAUUGAGUUUUUAUUCUGAUAUACCAGUUUCAUUGAAUGGAGCGUUCACAAAGUCUCGCACAACAGAAGUGCUCAAAUAGCACAAGGAUAAAAUCGUGCAACAACUGUAGGAAAAAAAAGCUGAAGUGCGAUAAAAAGCUUCCUUGUUCACGAUGUUUAAAAAAAAAUGAGGAUCAAACGUGUAAAUAUGAGUCUCAUUUUGCAGCAACACGCUCAUUACGAAACUCGAGGUCUCCAACAGAGGAGGUAACUAACUGUGGAAGAAAUAGCCCAAAGGAAGGGUUGGUUGAGUUGAGCAGACGACAAAAGGGGCAGUUAUCAUACCAUGGAGUAGAAAGGUUGUUGGAGCAGUUUUUGAAGGAAAGAAUCCCUUCUAAUUUCAUUUUCCUUCCUAAACCGUUUCGCCUUCCUGCAAAUAUAAAAGAUUUUUGUAAACAUGUUCCACCUUAUCAAAUAUGUAUAACAGUUUGUGGUACCCUUUCCUGCUCUUUAGUGACUUUGUUUGAUAUUAUAUCUGAAAGCAGGAUGGAAGCUGUCCUACAUAAUUUUUUCCAAAAUGUUUUUGAAGUGAAUGAUUUAAUUUUGCUUUUUUCGACGCUUUCGCUGGCUUUUAGGUUACAUAAUUUACCAGCAACUGCUCUAAACUACUGUGGAAGUAUACAGCUUGCACCAGAAAAAUUAGCCGAAGAGUAUUACGGUAAAGCCGAAGAGCUCAUUGAGCUGAAUGAAUUAUGUCGUUACCAGAGAUCCAUUGAAGCAUUGCAGCAUCUUAUUCUUCAUGCAUUAGUGGAAUUUCUGGAUCCUAGACCUGAGAAGGUAUUGUGUUUAUCUAGGGCCGUCCAUUAUUUGGACGGGAUGAUUUCAAGGGGGCUUUUCAGUGAAGCAACUUCUGAGCAAGUUUGGAAGUUGUCAAUGACUUUAAAACACCUAGACUCACUGAACUGUAUUUUUUUACGAAAUCCUCCUUUUUUACAGCAUGACAUCGUGGUAGGGAAAUUGCGUCAACUCGAUAAAGGUUUUGCUGAGACUAUUUACCAAAAACUACUCAGCUCACUUUGUAACCAAGGUUUGACAAUAUAUAGAUAUGCUAAUUGUUUCUCAGCCGAGGAAUACCUUUUAAAUGUCAACGAAAAUGAGGUCAAAAUAUCUUUAUUAUUAAUGGAAAUCGACUUGAAGGCGUAUACACCUCAAAAUCCAAUGUCGAAAAUUCAAUGUUUCUUCUUGAAAUCUGUAUUAUGGACACUAAAAGUACUUCUGUAUCAACCGGUUAUAACUUUGAGUGAUGAAGAUUUUGAUGAAGUAAAAUUACUGAAAGGAAAAUUAGCCGAAUCACUUUUCUGCAGCUUCCGGCUGAUUAUGGAUUCCUAUCAGGAAAUAACUGAGGUCGGUUUGCAUCAGUUUUAUUUCUAUACUGCCUUAAGAAAGGUAAUCUUGCUUCCAUUCUGCCGAAACGAAGGUUACUCAUACAGAAAUGAGGUAUUUGAAGCAAUAGAAUUGAUGAAAGAGCUAAGCUUAAAAUUAAAAUAUAAGUUUGCUUUGAAGCUUCUUGACGAAUUGAUUACUUUUAUUAAAUACGUUUACCAAGAAGAUACUACAACAGAGGGCGGUUCUGGAUCAGUUGAUGAUUUCGAAGUAAGUAGCUUUUGUGAAUUUCUUAUGUCGAAUUUUUAUGAAAAUUCCUUUCUCUCUAUGUAAAAGCUUUUUGCAGAUUAUACAAACGAACUUUUGUGUAAACGUACGAGGACGAUCAUCAGACCGAUGUCACUUAAUUCAUUAAUACGGAAAGGUUUACCUAUGUGUAUUAUAAUAAACUUGUCUUUUUUUCUUUCAAAAACGUCACUUGAUAUUUAUAUGUCACUACUGUGUACAUGAUUUUAAGUCUUCUUGACUACAGUGCAGUUUAUUUCAGAAGUGGUAGUCCUGUAAAAAGCCUUUAUAUGUAUACUUCAAAAAUAACUACAACGUUCGGAACUAUUUUUUCUUCUUGCUAAUCAAAGUGAUUCGCAUUGGAUUUCAAAAGCCAACUCCGAUGUUCGGUGUCCGAAGAUGUAAAUAGUGAGAAUGAGCCAUGGUUGUUUGAAAGCUAUAUAAAGCAGAAAGAAAUUCCAAAUGAUGCUGUCGUACUUUUCCAAGUUUAAUACUUUGUCUACCAAUUUCUCAUUCAUUGGCGAAACGAUUGCUGUUUACAGGCAUUCUUAGAUCUUGCAUCAAAUAUAAUUCAAAAUGGUUCCAGCACAAAAUUUUUUUGGUUAUGUACCUAACGCCCUACUGGGGAUUAUAGCUAUUCUUUUCGUAGUUUCUCUUUCACUGCUAAUAGGAAUGCUGGUAAAGUCGCGAAAACCCACUGUUUGGGUGCCUUUGGUUGGAACAAAUGGUGAAAUUUUAGGUUGGAUAAGCAGAACAUCUGCUAUUAGUAUAUGAAGUGAUUUCUCCAUGCAUUAACAAACCAUCGCUUUGCUUGUUUCGCCAGUCCUAUAUUCAGCCGAGUUGUAUGUUUUACUUUACCACCGGGCAAUCCUCUAUGGUCCCUCAAUUUUCUAUACUUCAAAGAACACAAAGGACUUUAUUAAAUUUUAACACUAUGAACAAUCGCUAUUUUAGUACAAUCGAAUUCGCAAGUGGUCGGAAAAGCAAAAAUUACGACUACGGAAAUAUGGUUUGCACUGUUUGAUUUUAUUCCAAUGAUCAUUUGUGCAUACUUACUGAUCCCUGCCCUUUAUCCUUGCUUGUACGAGCAAGAUUAUUCAGGCGAUGCUAUGAGUCUCUAUUCACGAAACAGUCAGGGAUCCAAUUCAACGGAAGAGAAGAAUCUUGUUUUAUCUAGAGCUGUAUAAGAAGCAUGGUUUCGAAUAUGUUUACUACCACCAUUUAGAGAAUUGCUACUCCUGCUCAGCGGGUCAAAUGAAAAUCGUAUUUGGAGCAGGAUUCUAUAUACCUUGAUUGAUGGUACAAAUGUCAAAGUUUAGAUUUGAAAGAUGAUACCCUUUUAAUCGUAUAGAUGGUUAUAAAAACCAAACAGAUUAUUAUUUUUAUUGAUCUCUUCUUUUUUUUUUUUUUUUUUUUCUUUUGAUUACGAAAUUUACAGCUAUCCUGUUAUUCUUGUCAAUUUUAUCCGGUUAGCUAGAAUUUUAUAAAACUCUUCAAGUAAUUCUGUUUGUUUUUAAUUUAAGUUUACUUUUCACUACAGCUCAUAUAGGUCUGUCAGUCAACUAGAGGUCAUUACCAUUCAUACAGAUUUCAAAAAGAAAAAAAAAAAAAAAAAAAAAAAAAAAGGUCAGUAAUUAGAAUUUCAAGUCGAUAAAAACCAAGCAGUACAAUUCUCCCUUCCUAUAUCUAUGACCUAUGGAUCUCAUAUGAAAGACUGUUGAAGUCAAUUUUUAUCGUUAUGGCUUAUUGUAUUUAGAUUUAUUUCUGUGUGGAUUCGUUUCUACGUAAACAACACUCUUAAUUAGAUAAUUCUUGAGCUAUUUUACUCCACCGUCAUAAUUUCUUUUGUUUACAUAAGCGAAGAUACAAGGUAACAGUCUUGAAACAAUAUGCUAUAUACUAUGAUAAACAUACAAUCUAUUUUUUGUUCGUGUUAGAAGUUCUGUAAGAACAUUAAAAAUUGUAAUUUUAUUAUACUU